GCCAGACUGCCUUCAAAAUAUUACCUUUUUAAACGUUUUUUUUUUUUGCUGUGUGUAAACAUUUUAUCUUCGCACGAUUUGAUCCCUCGUCUCGUUCCAGCCGACAUCGUGUUGGACUCCACUCGGCGUGUGUGACUCUCUUCAGCGUCUUUGAAAAGGCUGGCUGUCAAAAGUCCCACGCUGAUGUGGCAAGUGAACGUCUCACCGGUGGAGGUUGUUGAGCCGUUUGACUCCGCCCUCUUUUGGCCUUCCUCCCCCCCGGCCAUGAAUCCUGGCCCAGACCGUGUUGACCCCUGGCCCUGCACCCCCUCCCCCCCUCCCCCGGCCAUGAAUCCUGGCACAGACCGUGUUGACCCCCGGCCCUGCACCCCCCCUCCACCGCCCCCGGCCAUGAAUCCUGGCACAGACCGUGUUGACCCCUGGCCCUGCACCCCCUCCCCCCCUCCCCCGGCCAUGAAUCCUGGCACAGACCGUGUUGACCCCCGGCCCUGCACCCCCCCUCCACCGCCCCCGGCCAUGAAUCCUGGCACAGACCGUGUUGACCCCUGGCCCUGCACCCCCUCCCCCCCUCCCCCGGCCAUGAAUCCUGGCACAGACCGUGUUGACCCCCGGCCCUGCACCCCCCCUCCACCGCCCCCGGCCAUGAAUCCUGGCACAGACCGUGUUGACCCCUGGCCCUGCACCCCCUCCCCCCCUCCCCCGGCCAUGAAUCCUGGCACAGACCGUGUUGACCCCCGGCCCUGCACCCCCCCUCCACCGCCCCCCGCCGUGUCCGUCUUGUCGCCAGACCUGCGCCCGUGCCCCCUCCCGCAUGGCGAGGAGGCGGAGCUGGAGUGCUCGGUGUGCUACAGCCAGUUCAACAACGUGUUCCGCUGCCCCAAAGUGCUGACGUGCCGCCACACCUUCUGCCUGGAGUGUCUGGCCCGCAUCAACGUCAAGUCCCUGCAGCCCGCCGCCAUCCGCUGCCCGCUGUGUCGCCGCCCCACGCCGCUGCCCGCCCUCGGCCUGCCCAGGCUGACCACCGACGUGGGCGUGUUGGCGUCGCUGCCGGCCGCCAUGCAGCGAGUUUACAGCAUCCGCUUCCAGCGCAGCAAGGGCAGGCUGCAGGUCAAAAGGUUGUCUGACGGUCAGCCGUGUUGGGGUGAGAGGUCGCUGGCUGCCACCCGCUCCCUGGACGUGGGCCUUCCCAGCCCCCUGGUGAGGGGCGGCGCUGGCGAGGAGGCGGUGGGCGGGGCUUUCUUCAGGCUGAUGGGCCGGCCAGUGUGCCGCGCCCUGCUGCUGACGCUGGUGCUGAUGAUGACGGUGGUGCUGACCGCCGUGGUCGUCUUCUACCUCACGCACGACACGCACGCCCUCUAGCUCCGCCCUCUAGCUCCGCCCUCUAGCUCCGCCCACGCUGACUGGCAUCAACAAAACUGGGAAGUGUCAAAUGUAAAAAUUGUGUUUUAGAAAACAUUUCAAAUAUUUUAAUAUUUGUACAAAAUAAAUAAA